CUGAGCUGAGGUUGCCUCCAGCUGGGAGCGGUUCCUGCUCAAAGCCGCUGCCCUCUCCAGCCUCAGUAAUCUCCGCGGCAGCCUUGCUCAGCCUGAAUCGAUUGCUUUCUUUGGAUGAUGAUUGUAUUGGUUUUAAUCCCGUAGAUUAAAACGCGGGACUUUUUCUCGGCUGCCCCUGUGUGCCGCCGGAGCCACGCGCUGCUCUCAGCUCCGCGGGCUCAGCCUGUGGAGGGAGAAAGGAAGACUUGGUGGUUACCAGUUCUGCACUAAAGAGCGAUCUGAGGCUGAAUGGAAAUGUUAGGCUCCUUCGUUGCCCCACAGGCUGCCGGAGGGGUCAUCCAUCAGCGUCUCUGGACCCCCCUGGACUGGUGAUCUGCUGUCAAGUGUCCCAGCACCGACUUGGCCUCGCGUCUGCCAGCCCCGCCAUGGCGUUCAUGGUGAAGACUAUGGUGGGUGGUCAGCUGAAGAACCUUACUGGGGGACUGGGAGGAGAAGAGAAGGGAGAAAGCGAGAAAUCCCCAGCCGAAGCCCAAGGCAUGACGAGGGAGGAAUAUGAAGAAUACCAGAAGCAGCUGGUGGAGGAAAAAAUGGAAAGGGAUGCUCAAUUUACUCAGCGCAAAGCAGAGAGAGCCACACUCAGGACCCACUUCAGAGACAAAUACAGGCUGCCCAAGAAUGAAACAGAUGAUAACCAGAUCCAGCUGGCAGGAGGGGAUGUGGAGCUUCCAAAAGAGCUGGCCAAGAUGAUCGAGCAAGAUGAAGAGGAAGAGGAAAAGAACUCAGUUAUUGGACAGCUGACCAACAUCCAGAACCUGGACCUGGAUUCCCUGAAGGAUAAAGCCCAGGCCACCCUGGAGGACCUGAAGCAGUCAGCUGAAAAAUGUUCUGUUAUGUGACUUGGCUGUACCCCUUACCACAAUACCACCCCAUUCUUGAACACGUAAUGUUUGGAGUAGGGGGGGGCACAGUAGAUGGUCUGGCGGUGGCCAUGGUUUAUGAAAAAUUAGUCAGUGGGAAACCCACUGAGUUUGUUCCCCUGGGUGGCGUGAGUUGGGUACCUUUUCUAAGCCAUGCUCAGCCUAGAGUCCCUAAAACAGACUUACCUGUCCUGUACUUGCCAAUAUAUAUGAAGUGUCUUCCAGUCUGAGGUUAGAACAAGAAAGCAACCCUGUUGUCCCCCAAACACCUUUCCGGCCCUAUGAUAUAGGCUCUCCAUGCCAUUACCCACAGGGUCACCCCAUUUUACUCAUUUGAGCAAAGGAGCGAGGGAAGCGUGUGAUGGCCUUGGAGAGUGAUUGAACUGUGCCAGUGAGUGGGAACACAGACUUCUCCUGCCUGAGAUCCUCUGUCUUGACUUCUACUGGAGUGGAGGAGAUGUAGAGCAAGCUUGCAAGUAGGGGUAGUAGGCAUUCACUGUGCUUUCUUUCUAAGGACAACUCAUGAAGGAAAAUCUCCCUGGAUCUGUAGCAAUAGCAAUUAAUAACAACAGUGAAUGACAGAACCCAAAAGUGUUUUCAAAAGAAAGUAGAGUGCCAUCAGCUGUAUUUUAUGGAGGGGGACACUGAGGCACAAAGCACUUAGAAAAUUUACCUGAGUCAGUGGCACAGUCAGUGGCAGAGUCAGAAACUGAACCCAUCAUCUCAGGCCCUACAUGUCCUUCAGUGUAAGAAAGGAAAUAUUCAGAUUCUACUUUGUUUCUACCGUGUGGGAUUGACUCUAUUUGAGGUACUUUACAGGAGAGCAAAACAAACAUGCCAUUUGUGUAAUGACUGGGGAAAUCUACCUGUAUAUACAUUGUGUUGUAACCAUGCCAUGUUUUCAUUUGACUAUCUACACCUUAUAUACCAUCCCUAUUCUAUGGUACUGUUAUAACUGAUGGAAUAAAUACCAGGAGAUCUCUA